UUUAUUUAAUUUUAUCGGUGAGAGUUUUCUCUUUUUGGGGCGUUAAGAUACGCGGCUGCUCGGUCCGUGUUGAUUCAGACCGCUUCGGCACUAAGUAUCGUGUUAGCUCGCUUAGUUACUGCUUUUUGAAAGGCUGUUGGAGCCGGGCGGUUGAGGGUUGCCGGUCAAUCCCGCCCCCCACUCUGAAUCGCCUGGCCGGACGAAAGAAAGUGAUCGACAGAGGACUGUACGCUGGGUUGCUCUUUCACCGGUUCCUUGCGUGGGGGGCUGCUGCGCCGGCUGUCGAUAUGCUGAAGACCCGGCAGUGGCUGCUCGGGAUCCGCACUUUCCUCGGAGUCACGUCCAGAAUCUGGGGCUUCAUCUUGUACGUACUCAGGAAGCACCUCCGCACGAUAAUCCAGUACCAGACAGUGCGCUAUGACACUUUACCCCUUUCCCCGGUCUCCAGGAACAGACUCAAUGCUGUGAAGAGGAAGAUACUGGUGCUGGAUCUGGAUGAGACGCUUAUCCACUCCCACCAUGACGGGGUACUGAGACCCACAGUGCGGCCUGGCACGCCGCCCGACUUCAUCCUCAAGGUGGUAAUAGACAAACACCCAGUCAGGUUUUUUGUACAUAAACGACCGCACGUCGACUUCUUCUUAGAAGUGGUCAGUCAGUGGUAUGAGCUCGUGGUGUUCACAGCCAGCAUGGAGAUCUACGGGUCUGCGGUGGCAGACAAGCUGGACAACAACAGGGGCAUCCUGAAUCGCAGAUACUACAGACAGCACUGUACACUGGACCUGGGUAGUUAUAUUAAAGACCUCUCUGUGGUGCACAGUGAUCUCUCCAGUAUAGUCAUUCUGGACAACUCGCCAGGAGCCUACCGCAGCCAUCCAGAUAAUGCAAUACCAAUAAAGUCGUGGUUCAGCGACCCCAGCGACACGGCACUUCUAAACCUGCUGCCCAUGCUGGACGCCCUAAGGUUCACUGCAGAUGUCAGGUCCGUCCUCAGUCGAAACCUCCACCAACAUCGGCUCUGGUGAUUGGCUGCGGGGGCUUUUUCUGGUUCUGGCCCCUUUGUUUUUAAAACCUGUCCCUACCAGCUGCUAGCCCUACCCCCCACCCACCCACAGUUUUAACUCUUCCUCUCCCCACGGCCCCUUCAGAGAAGGGGAGUGCGGACACUGGGGAGGCGGGGAUGGGGUGAAAAGG